AUGCAGUUGGUUGAAUAUUCCGACUCAGAGUCCGAUAAGGAAAUGGGCGAGUCACACAGACAAGCCAAGAAGCCUCGACACAACCCCUCCUCGAACUUGCCGCCAUUGCCUGCAACUUUCCGUGAUUUGUACGCCACGAACUCUCGAGUGAGCGUUCAAGAUGACCCUAGCCUCCAUGGUGGGCGGAAACGUGCCAUUCCGCAUGUGGAAGGUAAUUGGCCUACUCAUAUCUAUCUGGAGUGGUAUCCGUCGAAAGGGGACUUAAUCGUUGUUGAAGACCUCCUGGCAAAAGUAUCGUGGGGAAAUGCAAAGUCUGACGAAAUCAAAAGUCUACUGCAUAGCGAUUUGGGAGUCCAGCUGCCCUUGCACAUUAGUCUAUCACGUUCUGUUGUUCUUCGAACCGAACAACGCUCGUCGUUCAUAGAGGAACUUGAGAGAAAGAUCAAAGAGUCCGGGACCUCACCAUUCCAUGUCCAGCCGGAUGCUCUCAAAUGGGUUUCGAACUAUGAACGAACACGCUGGUUCCUAGUCCUGCAUGUUGCAAAACCAAAACAGGACAAUUUAAACAAACUUCUGAGCUUGUCUAACCAUGUGCUUGGGAAGUUUAACCAACCACCAUUGUAUACAACUCAGCAGGGCAGCAAACAGUGCCCAAGUGAUUACUCUGAAUUUUUCCAUAUUUCCAUUGCAUGGAGAUUAACAGAACCAGAAGAAGAGGAACUCAAGCGUGUUCAGGAAAUCCACGCCCCAAAUCUGUUCAAGCUUCACAUUAACUUUGACUGUGUCAAAGCGAAGGUUGGUAACAAUGUGGCCAGUGUGUUGUUACCUGGAAGUACAUGA